UGCUGAUUUUUAACAAGUGCUAAGUAAAAUAAAGUAGAAGCUCAUAUAAUUUUGGUAGACCAAUAACAGCCAUACCCAUGUUACAUAAUUCUCCUGCAUUAAAAAUGAGGAAAGCGAUCAGCUUAGAUACCAAAAUCAAAAUUUUAGAUCAACUUGCAACGGGACAAGGCGCAACGGUUGUGGGAAAUAAUUUCGGAAUCCAUGAAGCUACUGUAAGAACAAUUAAAAAAAAUGAAACGGCAAUUAGAGCAUCAGUAUGUUCUGGAACAAAAUUAAGUGCAAAGUCAUCAUCGUAUGUAAGGGAUGUUGUUAAAGAGAAAAUGGAAAAAGCUUUGGUAAUCUGGAUAGAAGACAAAUCCCAAAAGAGAAUAUCAGUAGACGGACUUGCUAUCAAGCAGACAGCAUUAAGAAUCUAUAAACGUAUCCAGGAAAUUGAUCCAGAUACAUCAUCUCAGUCAAAACAACAUGCAUUUUCCCGGCCUUUUUGGAAGAGAAUGCCUAGAAGAACUUAUGUAGCAAAAUCGCAGAAAACAGCCGGUGGUUUUAAAGUAGCAAAGGACCGUAUUACGUUGUUGUUUUGUUCCAAUGCUUCAGGAGAACGUAUUCUUAAGCCACUCCUAGUACAUCGUGCCUUAAGACCACGUUCCAUGAAAAGUGUAGAUUUCAAUAAAUUGCCUGUACACUGGAUGGCGAACAAAAAGGCUUGGGUAACCAGUGCAAUUUUCACAGAGUGGUUUCAGAAGCACUUCAUCCCAGAAGUUAGGCGCUACAUGAAAGAAAAAUGUCUCGAAUUUAAAGUUCUUUUGAUUCUAGACAAUGCACCAGGCCAUCCAGUUUUGGAGCACCCAAACGUACAAUUUUGUUUUUUGCCGCCUAAUACUACUUCCCUUAUACAGCCACUAGACCAGGGGAUAAUUGCUACGUUUAAAACGUAUUACAUAAGAAGUUCAUUUCAUUAUGUUGUAGAAAAACUUGAUAAUUAUGAGGAAUCAUCAGUCAUAGAUGAAUGGAAAAAAUUUUCUAUAAUGGACUGCAUUAAUCAAGUCAAGAUCGCGUUAGAUUUAUUAAAGCCAUCAACUUUGAACUCGUGUUGGAAAAAUAUUUGGCCAGAAUGCGUAAAAUGCAAAGAUCCUGUUAUCGAUAAUAACGCUGAACUUGCUGAUAUAAUAACAAUGGCCAAUGCAAUCGGUGGGGAUGGAUUCGAUGACCUAUCGAAGAAUUGUUGGUAG